AUGGACGCCUCGACUUCGCAGAACUCUGCGACUGGAGGUACCGACGCGCCGGCCGCGCGCGACAAGGCGCGCACCGAGAGCAUCUCGCAACGGUCGGACGAUUCGCAAACCGCCGCCGAUUUUAUUCGCGACCAGAUGCAGCUCGAAGCCGAUGCGCGCGAAGCUCUUCCUUACAGCAUCGAGCACUGCACCAACUCCCUAGGCGCCCUCCGACAGACCGUCUUCGCCUGUCUAACCUGCAACCCACCCCCCGCCAACCUGUCCGAUCCGUACGAUGGCGCCGGUGUCUGCUACGCCUGCUCCGUCCAAUGCCACGGCGAGCACACGCUAGUCGAAAUCUUCACAAAGCGCAACUUCACCUGCGACUGCGGCACCACGCGCUUUUCCGAGACGAGCCCGUGCAACCUGCGCAUCAACCCGGCGACCAACACCAAGGGCGGCGUUCACUCAGAGGAGCCCAGUGCCAACAACAAGUACAACCAGAAUUUCCGGAACCGCUUCUGCGCCUGCGAGUGCGACUACGAUCCUUUUGAGCAGAAGGGAACCAUGUUCCAAUGCUUGGGGUUGGGUACGCAUGAGUCGGGCGGUUGUGGCGAGGACUGGUACCAUCCGGGAUGUUUGGUCGGCUUGGGUCCGAAAUGGUUCGAGAACAUGGCGACGGAUAAGGUGAAGACGGAGGACAAGGAUACCAACGGGCCGUUGCCCACCAUUGCCGAGGACGCAGAGGCUGGUGGUGACCAAGCUGCUGCUGCGGAUGCCGAGGAGGCGGAUGACGAUAACGACCCGCCGCCUCCUCCUGGCUUCCCGGCGGAGGAAGAUUUUGAGAGUUUUCUUUGUUACAAGUGUGUUGAGGCGAACCCCUGGAUCAAGCGAUACGCCGGCACCCCGGGGUUCCUCGCUCCCGUGUACCUCAAACAAGACGACGCGACGACGACCGAGUCAGCCCCAGUCGUUCCGACUAUCACUACGAGCACCGAACCGAGCAGCAACGAAUCAAAGAAACGCAAAGCCGAAGACGACGAGACCGACUCGCAGACAUCUAAGCGCCCACGAAGCGAAAUCGGCACAGUCGACUCCUCCUCCGACCUACCGUCCCAGUCCACAGCAAUCGAAACCCCCGACCCGUCCCAGCCGACCACCACCAAACCCUGCAAACUCACCACCCUCCCUCCAGCCCCUUCAUCCAGUACCCCCUUCUCCCUCUUCCUCACAUCCGACUUCCGCGCCCACCUCUGCCACUGUCCCUCCUGCUUCCCCCUCCUCACGCCCCACCCCCAACUCCUCGAAGAAGAAGAAACCUACGAACCCCCCGUCUCCGAAGACGGCGGCGACGACAACAACUCCCAAGGCCACCACACCGCCGGCAGCGGCGGCGCAGGAGGCUCCAGCAACGGCGGCGGCAGCCUCUACGACCGCGGCGAAUCAGCGCUGCGCAACGUCGAUCGCGUGCGGGCGAUAGAAGGGGUCAUGGCGUAUCAGCAUUUGAAGGAUAAGUUGAUGCCGUUUUUUCAGCAGUUUGCGGAGAGCAAGCAGGUUAUUAGUGCGGAGGAUGUGAAGGGGUAUUUUGCGAAACUAAGGGGGGAUGAGGAGGCGAUUCGGGAGGCGGGGGAGAGGGUUGAGAGGGAGGGUGGUGGGAGUAGCGGUGGGGAUGAGAGGAGGGAGGAAAGGGGGUAUUGA